GACCGAUUCAGUGUGCAUGACGUUGCACUGUACGUACAAGAGCCGGCCAAUUUAUCCUCGGAAAGCCCAUGAUCGAUAACCAUGGAAUGACAUGACUUUGAUCUGAUUACAGCCGAAGCCCGACUUGGCCUCGCAAGGUGAUACUGGAUCGGGCUUAGCGGGGUGUUGGCGCCGGCGGAAUCGGGAAGGGCCCAUCGGAACCCUAAUCAGAUUCUUCCGCCCAACGCCUCCCCAAUGUCGGGCAAUAGAUUAAACACGCCGAAACUCGAUUGCGAUUGAUCAUCUGCUAAGUGAUUUCUUCACCGAUACAUUUUAGAUCUACCACUGCUAAGCCUUCGUCCACAUGGUUUUCCCAGGCAAGCUAAGCUCCGGCUGUGUUCUCUGUCGGAAGCGCAAAGUCAAGUGCGAUGAAGGCAAACCGGGCUGUAAGCGCUGCAUCACGCAUGGGGUCCCCUGCCCCGGCUAUACAGACUCCUUCGCAUUUCGAGGGUAUGAGGUAGCGAAUGGGGAACUCACUGGGAAAUUGAAAGUGGUCAGGAAAGCGCGGUCGAUUGACUCAAGCCCACGUGAGCCGAAACAGAAGAAACAAGACUUUGCCAAGGUAGAGCCAACGGGGAUCCCUGCUUCGGUUGUCUCAGAUGACUGUGAGCUUAUGUCUCUUUGUUAUUUUAACCACCACCAUGUUCUGCGAGUGCAGCGAUCCCCAUGCGAGGGGCAUCUGGCAUUCUUUCCAGAUCUUUUCCAAGAGCGCGGCGAUGAACCAUGCUUCAAGCAUGCCGUUCUAUCUGUGUCUUAUCUUACGCUGUUUCACAAGGCGCGCGUGCACAUGCUCCAGAUCAACGCACGAAGGCACUAUGGUCUGGCCUUGAGGCUGUUGAAUCAGGCGCUUAGCUUCAGUCAGUCUCAAAUCCGGGAUGAGAUAUUUGCGGCGUCGUUGUUUUUGAGCAUGUUCUCGGAUUUGAGCGGGGAGGGUACAGCAACGGGCUCACUAAACCCCCACAUACCCGGCAUCUACUCGCUAAUGCAACUGCGAGGAAUCCCAUCAAGAAGAGACAAAUAUAGCCGGCGACUAUGUGGCUGGGCAUAUACUCAGAUGCAAGUGCAAGCGAUGAUUCGAAGAGAAUUUCGGUAUGCAUGCAUGCCGUCCGCCUUCGACCAGAUUGCCCAUCCGUGCACCGUGAUCCGCUCGUCUAUUCUUACCGGGAGACUGUCGGAUUUCUGUAUGCAAGUCAGCGACGCUCGGCGCACGAGCCUAUCAUCCGUGAUUGCAAUUGACUCUCUGCACGCCUUACUUGAUCAGGCGUGUAAUCUGCUGAUCGAACUCCAUAACUGGCAAGCAACCAUCCCCGACCACUGGAGGAAUCAGUACGAAAGUUCGACGCUGUCUCCUUCCGAGCAAUCCGACCCAGACACGCCCGAGUCCCACAGCACGCGUGAUCCGUGGACAACGUGUUUUCUAGCCGGCGUUCAAGCGGCGCAGAUCUCGUUCUACCAGCAGUUCCUUGAUUGCUGGGAGGAGUUGCGCUAUUUGCAAGGAGCGCACGCUUCGUUACCAGAGCUAUCGCUGAUGGAUCUUCCUGAUGAUCCGGUCAUGUUCCUACUGGAUGGAAUGUCGUAUCAGGUGAGUGUGAUAUGUGCGACUGUCACGAGCACACUUGGCCAGUUCGAUGCAUAUAAUCGAUUUGUACUUCACGAGCAUGCCAAAUUAGCCAACGGGUACACGCUUUUAUGGCCAAUGUGGGUGGUGGUGAACUGCCCCUUCUCAGCACCCGAUGAGGUGUUGCUCUGCCGAGCGGCGAUCGAGAGUGUCGGCUCAACGAUGGGGUAUAAGCUGGCCCUGAGCUUGAUCGAGCCUCAUCGUGUUAAUCACCCAAUAGCCAGCUACUGACACCUAUAAUUAUCAUGAUAUCACGAUCAUUGCCCCC